AUGAGUGAUGCAUUUCCUAUUUUAUGUGAAAAUUGUUUACCCAAAGAAAAGUAUAUUAAAAUGACAAGAGCAAGAAUGGGAGAAGCAUGUAAAUUAUGUGAUAGACCAUUUGAUGUUUAUAAGUGGAGAAUGGAAGAAUCAAAUUCAAUUAAUAAAACAUAUGUUUGUUUGAAUUGUGCACGAAUUAAAAAUAUGUGUCAAUGUUGUUUAAAAGAUAUUGAAUAUAAUAUUCCUUAUUAUGUACGAGAUGCAGCAUUAGCCCAAGUGAAUGGAAGUAUUUUCCAAACAACAAGUUUAAAUGAAGCAAAUAAAGAAUGGUUAAUAGAAGUUUCUCAAAAGAAAUAUGAAACUACAGGACAGAGUGAAUAUGAUAAAGUUGAUACUAAUAAAGUUAUAGAGAAAUUAGAAAAGAAAUUUAGUUAUGUAUCAAAUAUUCCUGAUAUAGCAAAAAAGACACAACCAUUAAUAGAAAAACAUGAACUAAAAGAACAGUCUCAACUAAAGAAAGCUUAUAUAGCUAAAAAACCUAAAAAACCACAAAGUUUCUUAAAAUGA